AUGGUAACAAAAACGAAGAAGAAGAACACAUCACGAAAGAAUUCCGCUGCAUCUCCCACCAAAGAGAAGAAAGUGGAGUUUAACGGCUCUGGAUUGAAAGCAAGCAAUGGCCAUUUCAAAAAUGGUGGUCUCAGGCCGUCCCCGUCCACGAAUACUUUAAAUAGACUUGCACGAGAGAAAAUUGUUUUGUGGAGACAACCGCUAACAACCACUUAUUAUGCUUUAAUGGAAGUGCUCAACUUAACAUGCGAAUUUAUAGCGGGGAUGUUUCACCAAAAAGCGUUGUUGUUCUCAAUUUCUGUUAUUUCUGCACUUAUUUAUUACGCGUAUAUUACUCCUGGUCCACAUCAGCAGCAUAUCGCUGUAAUAGAGAAGACAUGCGCAUGGUGAGU